CGUUCCAGUUUAUAUUUAUAUCUCACCUUGAGUUACGUAACCACUUCUAAUGACGAUCUUGUUUCGCAGAAGUGGUUUCGAGGCGGUCCUCCGAUUCGAGCGAACGAAGAAUGCGGAAACGUGGAGGUAGAACGGUUUAAGGUAAACGCGAAAUCUAGCACCGACACGAUUCUGUUAAUUGUUAUCUUUUCGACUGAAUUAUGUUCGUUUUUUUAUUUUUUCUUUUUUGUUUUUUGUUUAUUUGAGGAUACAAGUGUCGAGAGUGUUUGCGGAAUGAUUGAAGGAGGAUUAAGAAAGGAUUUGCCGCGGAGAUUGUGCCGCCGAAAGGAAAGUUCUUAUCGAUGACACGUAUUCUGUCGGGGAGAUAUCAAACAUGGAACGUGACUUGUUAUUUUUUUUCCUUUUUAUUAAAAUAUUUUUCGAAACGAGAGGAAGAAAUAAUGAUUAGAAACGACACGAGAGAUUAAUAUUUACUUCCUGAAACAAAUUACUUUCGAGUCAAGGAACGUAGAGAGAAAAAAGAAAGAAUAAAAUAAAAAUUUAUUCGAAUGAUUAUUCGAUCCUUGUUUUAUGUUCGAGCGUUCCAGCUAGACAAAUUAUGUAGCGAUUUGUAAUCGCAGCAAAGUCUAGUUAGAAUGGAGUUUCUAAUCGAAGCAAUUCUCAUUCUUACCUGAAGGCAACCGCAGAAGGACUUUUUCACUCGGGAUGGCAUCGUCUGACAGCGACCCACAAAUUCCUUCAAGGGCUGUGGACUCUUCACUGGACAGCUCGGAAUCCUGAGUGAGAAGGAAUGGCGCUCAUCCGAGGGCGCGUGGUGCCCGAUCCGAGCAUCGUCGUCUCACGUCGAUUUCCUCGAUUCUACGGAGCGGCUAAUGCCUCCAGUGCACGCAGGCCACGCUCAAGCGUUAAACGUCCUCUCGAAAUGCACUCGAGCGCGGCUCGUUUUCAACGACAUCCCUCUCCGGCCAGUUCGAAAAUUGCAGCGGGGAGUUGGCUCCCUGUACACACAACACCGAGCCCCCUUCGCGUUUUGCGCGCAGCCAAAUUGGCCCGAUCGUACGUAAGAGAGAGAGAGGGAGAGAGAGAGAGAGAAACGCGAUCUCCUUCACUUCACCACGCGCACACCGUCGAUACAACCUGGUCGGCGACGAUGAUCGAAACUCCUGAUUCGUUCGUUGAAUCGAAAGCGCGAGCAAGACGAGAACGUAUAUAUAUGUAUAUGUAUAAGUGCAUACGCGCGGAUGAUGAUUCACGAAAAGGUGGGCUUGGAAGAUUCCAGUGGAAAAUAUCUCGCGAUUCACGACACACGGAGGCUGUACGUACUCGUGUACGAUCCGACGACGAACACGAGAGGCGUCGACCACGUGGUGGAAGAGACCGAGUCGGCCGAGACACGACUCAAAGGAGUCUCGGGCGAAUUCUGCGAGCCUUUGUGUGCGUCCCGGGGCACGUGUGUCUGCGUGAAAAUGCGUGUUUCUCGCGUGUCACGUGGCCCUUAAGGCUCGCUCACAAGGGGCAGAAGCGACCCGAGGCCAUUGUUCGAGUCUCGCGUCCGCAACGAGACUGGCUGCUACUGCCUACGCGAAAGAAUCGUGGUCGGUGGAGGGUAGUUUAUGGCACGGCACCCCAUGGGGGACUGGAGCCCUCGUGCCAUGGACCAAACAUCUGCCUGCCUCCCCACCACGCAACACGCCCUACCGAACGCCGUCGUCGUCGUCGUCGUCGUCGUUGCUUUCGACCAGCCGGGUUAUACCCUCCUUUUCUCUUCUUUUUUCUUUUUUCUUCCCUUUUAAUACGUUUUUUCCUCCAGCACGAGGUUGUUCCUCGAUGUUCCAGGCUCACGCUUCUCAACCGCAGGUCCGCUCGAAAAUGGUAAACAGAGCGAAUACUGCGCACGAUGCAAUUUGCUCGCGAUGCAACGCGAGUACGAAGUAAUGCUGCGCGGGAAAGGAACGCCGAGGGCAGCGAUGUCGAAGCGAUUAGGGCGGUUCCGGAGAUGCAUAAUGCAUACGCGUUGAUGCAUGCCUGCCAUGAUCGAUUUCGUGGCAUUGUUUUAAGCGGGUCGCGUUCUAGUCUGUGCAGGGAGUGGAAACCUACCACCAUCCACGUGGAGACACACGAUCCAAUGCAAAUAUCCUUCGCUACGGAAUGAUGAUAAUUAUCAGGAGGGAAUGAUAUAUAUAUAUAUAUAUGUAUGUAUAAAUUAUAUUUCCACGGAUGGAAAGUUUAUUCUGGUGUGAAUCAAGGGACGAGGGGGUUCGGCGGCGGAAAUGCAAUGCUAAUUUAAUGCGUCACCACACCCCAUGUUCCAGCGGAGUUCGUGCUCCAUAGCAACGCUGUAAUUAGGAUUGUUUCACGGUUUAUUAAGAACGAGCCGGCUACGCUUUUGGGCGUGCCGUUUCGUGCGAGCAAACUGUUCGCGGGACGUUGUCUUCCCUGAACUUCCUCGCUUCCAACUAUUUACGAUAAUUAUAACGAGCGUGUUAUUUAAGCGUGGAAUCGCUUCUCGUAUAAUUAAUAACAUGCCUGUAUAUAAUAAUAAAAUUCUAGAACGCGAAGCUUGUGUUCUAAAACAUGUAUGAUAUGAAAAUAGAAGAAACUUUC